AUGGACGUGGCCAAGGAGAACAACCAGACGGCGUUCAUCGAGUACAUGAAGACGCUGCCGCUCAAGGGCAAGCCUGCGCCCCCGCCGCACAAGGACACCAUGGUCGCGAUCAACGCAGACGUGCUCAUCCACGGGUGCAAGCAUGGCAAGAUCGACGAUGUCCGCGUGUGCUUGGAAGAAGGUGUGGCUGUGAAUGGUGCUGACGAUGACUGGAAUCCUUUGAUGUGGGCCGCGUACUACGGCCACAUCGAGGUGGGCAAGCUGCUGGUGGCGUUUGGUGCCAACGUUCAGCACGUCGCGAAAUUUAGCGGCAAGAAUGCGCUGGAUUGCGCCAAGGAGAACAAUCAGCAAGCGCUGGUGAACUACUUGUUGCACGCUGAGUCGCCGUAA